CCGUUUUUUCCACUCACUUAUUUCGACAGAUUCUGAAACCAUGAAGUUCGAUUCUACUCAUUAUCUUUUCUCUGCUACAGCUUCUACGUAACCCCUCGUCCUCUGCUAAGUACCUAGUCUUUUUACCGAAAGAUGUGAUUGAUCAACCGGAAUUUCCUGCCAAAUGGAACUUACAUCAUCCUUGGGGUUGGGUACUAAGCAACACCUGUGUGGGAACUCAGUGUGGAAGCGCCCCUGACAGUCCUGUUGUCAUCGUUCUCAUCGGGUUUAGCAGAAAUUGCUCAUCUAGCUUGGAGGUGGAACGAACAAUAUUGUCCCGAUUGCCAGCCUACUUUCACGCAACGUCUGUUGGGUGUCUGGUCACCACAUGUUCGAAGUGCAAUCAUUGUGAUGCUGACAGGAAAAUCUUUACAUCUCUGCACAAUGCCCCGAACACAGCGCUUUGGAUAGCGUUUCAAUGGGACGAUUUACCGGCACUACGACGUUAUUCAUUGGCGCGAAUGUUGGACAGCCUUGAGAGUACGGUACAACCUUCUACCUCAUAUUCACCCAAUUGGACCACGUCCAAACUGAUUCACCUUGAGCACGAUUGGUUGAAGAUCACGUUCGGUGCACCACUAGCUAUGCUUGUCGAACACUUCACACACUCUCCGUUACGUGUCAAUCUGCCUCUCCCCAGUGACGUGUCCUCAGAUCCCCAAAACGACUCGAGGUUACCGCCUCUCAAAUACAUUCUGGGAUAUCUCCGGUCUCUUGGCAAUCGCGUACUUUCGGCAAGCUAUACUGGCACGCUGGUGCGUUUUCAUUUGGCCCACAACGGACGUACUCUUCGUCUACGAGGCAUGUUGCCACGACACCCGAUCCGCGACGAGCUGCUCACAAUAGACAACCAAUUGCUGUCCUUGACCGUCGCUGUCAAGUACACGCGUGACCUCUCAGUGCAUCGUCAUGUCGUUAGUGCUGGGUGCCAGAGUACAGACGCCGGGCUGAUUUUAUUAGGUGCGGUGCAGCUUCUCUUGUUGGUGCUUAGCUUGCUGGCUCCGUUACAUCUACCUCAUGGGACAGCGGUGCAUACGUCAUCCACUUCAAUGGCACUUCAUCAUUUGGGAACUCUGGACUGGAUUGCUAGUGAAACCGACUGUACAAAGGUUCCCACACUUGGAUGGUUCUACGUGAACAGUUCAGAAACGGACAAUUCCUCUGUCGUGACACAACCCCCUCCAGUUAUUUUAUCCGUAUUGGAAUUGCUGCACAGCAUAUCUUCCUCUGAGACGAAAUCCACCGGAUGUUGGUUCACAGUUGUAGAUCGGUGGAUUGAAUACUUCACGUGUGAACUUGUUCGGCUGCUGGUUUGGACAGAAAGCGGUGAACCUGCAGGUCUGAAAAUCAAUCUUCAUCUGGCACGACUGUUGUGUCGCUUCUUUCUCUACCACAUACUUGCAUGGCGAAUCUAUAGCUCCUUCCUGAUUCACUUAGCCGCAUGGACUAUUGGCCUGUUGCAACAGCUUACUAGCGUGGACACUUUGGGCACACUGUUCUACGCAAACCUACACACUUCCACCUGUCUCCUGCUCAGCACUGUCUACUUGGUCUCGUCAAGGUCUUUUUUAAUAAGUGAUGCCAUGACUUCCAUGUUUUCCACUACCUCUGUUCUGUUGACCUACGUCUCCUCGGUACUCCGCCUCACCUUCGCUCUUUUUGGAUGCCUUCUCCUCGAUCUGAUCAAUUUGACCACAAUUCACCUUACUACCUUCUAUAUCUAUACUGUACGGCUUUUGGUAUUGCAAACUCGAGUGAUUGGGGCAGCAUGGCGUCUGUGUCGUAACGCGUCCAAAUGGAAUCCGCUUCGUGAUCGUGUGGAUACCGUGCCAGAUAUGUACAAUUCAGUAGGACCCAAAUUGGUGACUUCGGAUAAGCAGUCGGCAUCAUGCAUGACAACCGGGGUUCCAUCGUGUUCGAAACGGAUGGUUGACAAUCCAGAUGAUACGCACCUUGAUCGACUUUUUGUGGCAACUUUGCUGGGUUUGGCUGUUGGCCUCUGUCUACUUCCAACCACGAUAGCCUUCUAUCUCACAUUUGCACUGAUCCGUUUGCUGAUCGUCGUCGUUCAACAGCUACUGAAACGAAUCAUUGUGUUCCUUAUGGAUGUGCCGGUUUCCUCACUGUUGGCCUGGAUAUUUCACACUCAACGAAGUCGA